CAACGGCAUAUAAAACAAUGUUAUGUAUUAGAUUCCGUGUGUUUGUGAUUUAUCUUUUGAGGAUAUAUCAAUAGCAGGGUAAAUAUUACUUCUUCUCAAAAAUUUUGACUUGGAAAAUUAUUACCUAUGUUUUUUCUUAGAAAAUAUUAUAUAAGUGCUUCAGAUUGAUCUUUGUUUGAGCAUCUGUUAGAAAAAAGAAUUGAAAAUGCUUGUUAGAAAAAGAAUUGAUCUUUGUGUAGGUGCGUCAUAUUUAUUCCAUGGUUGAUAGAGCGAGAGCACUUGGUGAUCAGCCAUCAAUGGAGGAUUUAUACAUAUUUCGUGCAAUGGUCCGGAAUGAAGGAGAAAAAUGCUUGACAUAUGUGCACGAGGCUGAUAGGAUUAAUGUACAAGCCGAUUAUAGAAGAGAUAAGGUACAUGAUGAUCAUUUAUAUUCCCCUAUUCGUAGGCAAGGAAAAGGUGGUGUUGCUGGUAGGAUGGCUCGUGCUGUUGAGAAAGGACGAGCGCCUAUUGAAAUGGACGAAUCAGCCUCCGAAGAUGAUCACACAACUUCUGAUAUUAGUUUCAUUUCAAGGGGCCAAACUCAUGAGUUCACUCCUGGUGCAUCAGGUAUGACAUAUCAACCAACAAAUAUUGAUAUUGUCUCAUACACGACGUCACAAAUAUUAAGGAAUCCAAGUCUUUCGUCACUUGAGAAUGUAUUUGGUGGUUCUCGGCCUCAACAUUUUGAGAAUGCCCCCAACUUUAAUUCAUCACCUGGGCUGCCAAUGUCCAUUGAGACCCCUGAUGUUGUUAAUCAUUUAGAGGACUCCAAUAAUAAUAUAGAAAGUAAUGAGUUGGAUGAUUCCAACGAUGAAGUGGAGAAUGCAAACGAAUGUGGUGAACCAUCAGUGAAGGAGAAGCGUACGAUUUUUCCUAAGCGUUGUGGGACUGGUACUAUUAACAUCUUUAUAUUAUUUUUUGACAUAAAUGCUCCUCUUUUUAGUUGAAUAAUUGAAAAUUACCCUUGCUUGUCAAAGAGUCACUAUCUUCGCCAGCAUGGCAAAAAGAAACAAGCAAAGAGAAAAAAAGAACUGUAAUUGAGAGGUUUCAUUGUACUCGUCCUCCCCCUC